CGUUAUGGCUUCCUUGCAGCUGCUGUUGUGGGGAGUUCUGCUGGGCAGCUCCCUCCUGCACCCUGGCUCUGCUCUCAUCAGGAUCGCAUUAAAGAAAUUUCCUUCUAUCCGGCACACCUUGACUGAAGCUGGUGGGGAUGCGAAGGAAUUACUGGGAAAUGGGAUGCCUUUGAAAUAUUCCACUGGAUUCCCUCCCAAUGGGAAAGCCACACCCGAGGCUCUAAUGAAUUACUUGGAUGCUCAGUACUAUGGCGAGAUUGGCAUUGGCACACCUCCCCAAACCUUCACAGUUGUGUUCGACACAGGAUCCUCCAACCUCUGGGUGCCUUCAGUCCACUGCUCUAUGUUUGAUAUUGCUUGUUGGAUGCACCAUAAGUAUGAUUCUUCCAAAUCCUCCACAUACGUGAAGAAUGGCACAGAGUUUGCUAUCCAGUAUGGCACUGGGAGCCUCUCUGGAUACUUGAGUAAAGACACUGUAACGAUCGGAAACCUGGGCAUAAAGGAGCAGCUUUUUGGAGAAGCUAUAAAGCAGCCUGGUGUCACCUUCAUUGCUGCCAAGUUCGAUGGCAUCUUGGGCAUGGCUUACCCCAUAAUCUCUGUGGACGGGGUCAGUCCUGUGUUUGACAACAUCAUGGCUCAAAAGCUGGUGGAGUCCAACGUCUUCUCUUUUUACUUGAACCGAAAUCCAGACACGCAACCUGGGGGAGAGCUGCUUCUAGGAGGCACAGACCCCAAAUACUACACUGGAGAUUUUCACUAUUUGAACGUGACUCGUAAGGCAUACUGGCAGAUUCACAUGGACCAGUUGGGAGUUGGGGAUCAGCUGACACUGUGCAAGGGGGGCUGUGAGGCUAUUGUGGACACCGGGACUUCAUUGAUCACUGGUCCUUUGGAGGAAGUGACAGCCCUACAGAAAGCUAUCGGUGCCGUCCCGUUAAUCCAGGGACAGUAUAUGGUGCAGUGUGAUAAGAUCCCCACGUUGCCUGUUAUCAGCCUGACACUCGGGGGACAGGUUUACACCCUGACAGGGGAGCAGUAUAUAAUGAAGGUAUCCCAACGGGGCAGUACCAUCUGCCUCAGUGGCUUCAUGGGUCUUAACAUCCCUCCUCCUGCCGGACCCCUCUGGAUACUUGGAGACGUUUUCAUUGGCCAGUAUUACAGCGUCUUUGAUCGUGCUAAUGACCGCGUUGGAUUUGCUAAGUCUAAGUGAUGUUCUCCCCCUUAUAUAAUGCUUUCAGUGCAAUAGCUACUCCUGCCAGACUACUGCAAUCAUUAAAGGAUAAGUAAACCUUUAAAAUAAGUGAAUGUAAAAUUGAUGAGGGCGGCUAUUCUAAGCACUUUAGGGAUACAUGUACUGUUAAUAUGAACACAUUUUGUUACAACAGCGCCACCUGCUGGUCAGUUUCCCACCAGUCUGACCACCAAGUAGUCAAGUAAGUUGUCAGGCGAAAGUAAGAGGCUGCUCUGAUCUGCUUAGGAAUAAAAACAAAAUAAAAAAUGAAUGUACAUUGCAAAAGUUCUUAGAACAGCACCUUCAUCAAUUUUACAUUCACUUGUUUUAAAGGUUUACUUCUCCUUUAACCUGUUCUCCUGACUACAGAGCCCCCAAGCACCGGUCCAGCCAGCCACCAAAUUCAUAUGUUUUAUUGAUCCAUACAAAAUCGACUUGAUUAACACUGAGGGCAAGGUACUGCUCUGAUACUUGUGAAGUCUUAGCCAACCAGCUAUUGCACAAAUACUUCCUGUACUGAAAUAUUUAACCCCUACGUUCCAACAAGUCUGAGAGCAGUGCAUGCCAAACCACUCUGGGAGAGAAGGUACCAACUGAGACCGCUGUACAAUCAUGAGCAAGAUCAUCCGGCUCGUUGGUACUGGUUACAUUUAAAGGGCAAGUAAUGCCUAAAUGCACAUGUAAAUUAAAGUUAUACUGUCAUGGGAAAAA